GUAACUCUAAAUAAGUUGUAAAUAGUUGUUGUAAUAGCUUCAGUAAUUCUUUAAUUGUAUUUAAAAAAUAAACAAAAAUUUUAAUACACAAAUUGUCCAGCACUAUGCAAAAUUCUUGCAGAACUUGUAUGACACAGUUUUCCCAAACAAAGACACGGGGAAAUUCCCAUAAGCAGAGCAUUUUUGAAAAACCAAAAAAUUGCAAAAAAGAUGCUAACAUAAUGGAACUCCUCCAAGAGGUACAGCCACAAAUAAAAGUGGAAUGCGAUGAUAAUCUGCCCAAGCUUAUGUGCUUUGAAUGUAUAAAAAAUUUAUUGGUGUCAUGCACGUUUUUAGAGACAUACAGAAAUUCUGACAAAAACUUUCGUGAAAUGUUAAAAGAAGUUAAUGAAAUGAUAGUUGAAAUUGAUCAUAAUGUUGAGAGUUCAAAAAACGAAAAGCGAAGAGAUUCAAAAAUAACUACAAAUAUAGAUAGCGAAAAUGAUGCCGUGGAGUUUGUAGAUGAAAUAUCUUACGAAAGUGGGAGUAAAGAACAAAAUAUAGAAAGCUCAUCCAGUGAUAGUGAUUGGACAAUUUCUGAUGAAAGUUGUCACAAGGAAGAUUUAAGAAAUACAUCAAAGUCAAUUCAACGAGAAGUAAAAAUAGCUGUUUAUGACGGAGAAGAUGAAAUAGAACUUAUUAAGUUGCCCGAUCAAAAUGAAGAUGGUGGGUUACCAUGUCAGGAGUGUGAUGCUGUUUUGAAUAAUAUAACACUAUGGAGACAACAUAUGCGAAGGAAUCACCUUGAAAAUAUACAAAAAACUAAGAAAAUUAACAAACCAAAAAGGAGUAAAAAACUUAAAUGUGAUUACUGCGACAAAGUAUUUCCAACAACAACAAGAUGUAAAAGUCAUAUGCGAAUUCAUACAGAUGAAAAACCCUAUUUAUGCAUUGAGUGUGGAAAAAAUUUCAGAGGUCUCAGUUCAUUAAAAAUACACAUGUUACGUCACAAAGGCGAGAAAAAUUUUGAAUGCCCACAAUGUCCCAGAAAAUUUGUAUGUGCUAGUGGUUUAUAUAAUCACGAGAAGAUACAUUCAAAUGACAAACCAUUUGUAUGUGAAACUUGCGGAAGUUCAUUUCGUAUGAAAGAUGACUUAAAAAAACACGAACGUUGUCAUAAAGGUAUUAAAAACCAUAAAUGUGAUUUUUGUGAAAUGAGGUUUCUAACUACUGAAAAACAACGCCGACAUAUGCGAACACACACGGGAGAAAAGCCAUAUCGUUGUCAAUAUUGCGAGAGAGCUUUUGCCCAAAGUAAUGAUUACAUUAAACAUUUACGUCAACACUUGGGUGAGAAUGUUUAUCAAUGUGAACUAUGUCCGUUAAGAUUUCCGUUAGUCAGAGAUUUGCGAGCACAUUUUGUAGUUCAUAAAGAUGAAGAUGAAGAAACUCGAGCACGUAAUUUAGCAGCUCGACUGGAAGAACAACAAAAAUUAGAAAUUAAAUUGGGUGUUGCAAAAAAAGAAAAUCCAGACAAGAAAAUUAUCAAGUGAUUUGUCGCAUAAAAAAUGCUGGUGGAUAUUUUUAAAUAUGUAUUUUUAUGGAAUGAAAUUACAUAUAAUAAAUAUUAAAGAAACUAAAA